AUGAUUGGCAUGUGGGCCCCGCGCAUCGUGCCCCGCGCCUUGCCGCGUAUGUAUCCUCGUGCCUUUUCCUCGGCCCGGUACUCUUUGAAGCAGCAGGAGCAGAGCGAGGCGCCCGUCGGCGCCAUGCCCAGCGCACAUGCGUACCCUUUUGCUACCCAUGUGAAGAGUCGUUCGCAUGCCGCGCCCCCGCCCGACGCGAUUCGUGCACCGCCACCCAAGGUCAAAGACAUGACUCGCGGCGUGAUGCAGCGCGUGGAUUCGCAGCUCACGAUGGAGCGAGACCCAGAUGAGCGCAUCGCGCGCCUGUUCUCGCGUCGCUCGCCCGACUGCAUUCCGCCCGGCUCGAUCGUCAUGGUCGAGUCGUACUUAAACAGCUCCAAGACAUCCACUACGACAUUCGCUGGUGUGCUCAUUGCCGUGCGUCGUGCUGGCAUUGCUACUACAUUCCUUCUGCGUACCAUUGCUCACAAGCUGGGCGUCGAAAUGCGAUACCACGCAUACAGCCCUAUGAUCAAGGAUAUCAAAGUGCUGCAGGCCGCCAACGCUGAUAAGCGGCAACCUGGUCUGACGCGCACGCGCCGCGCUAAGCUAUACUAUAUGCGCCGCAACGACGACCGUCGUGUGCUGUCUGUGGCAAACGUCGUGAAGCAGUACCGUGCGGCACAGAUGCAGGAGCACAAGUCGUCCACCGAAUCUCGCAAGCGUUCAUAG